UCGUCGGGUCCAGCUGAGGUGCCCACUGCUGCUGUGAUCGACCUCUAAAGACUCAUGUUGUCUGAUGAAGAAGCCCGGAAGAGGAGGGAGAGGAAAGAACUGGAGUCUGCAAUGGCUCUUUCUCAGGAACAGUUGAUGUUCAAGGAUGUGGCCAUAGAAUUCUCUCAGGAGAAGUGGGAAUGCCUGGACCCUGCUCAGAGGGCCUUGUACAGUGACGUGAUGUUGGAGACCUACAGGAACCUGGUCUCCCUGGAAAACCCAAAGAGAAGAUGGGAAAACACUAGCUGCUCUUUGAUUCCAUCUGGCACCUCCGAACCUGCAUGGAGCUGUUUCAAGCCCUCUCUGGUUAUGUAGAUCCCUCAGACAUUUCUUCUGUUCUGCUUUUGCCACGUACUUCAGUGCUACGUCAGCCUGAUUGGAUCUUCUGUGAUUGUAUUUUUUAAAUUAAUUAAUUAAU